AUGUCUGGCAUUGAACUCCCUCCUGGUGCUGUGGUGCUAACCUUGAAGGAGCUGGAGAGCUCUCUCGGAGUACUUUUCGUUGGCUACAUCGUGGCAACGAUUGCAUAUGGAUUCACAUUCUUUCGUGACUUCUUUGUUGUGCCCACUCACAGCGGUUUCCAGCUUAUUGGAUACCGUGAUUUCGCUUUUAACAUCUCACGCGUGAGUUCCAAUGUUCCACUGACGUGUGCUGUCGAAGCAACUUACUCUGUUUGGAGUCUGUAUCACUAUCUUGUGCUUUUAUAUCCAUUCACAUUCGGUCUAAUCAAUGCUACUCAUACUUAUUGUGCUGCGAUUGGUCUUUCUGUUUCACUCCGCUCAUAUCUGGACUGGCGCUUUGGUGAGGCUUACCGACCUCGACCGUCCUACCACCUCUCACCGUUGAUGACGUAUUUAGGCAUUCAUUUCGACAGCUGCAUUUGCACUGGGACUUGUUCGGACAAUCACGAAUUUGCUUCCCUGGCAGUUCAUGGCGUUAAAGGGGUCAUCGCCAGUGGUCAAGCUCUCUCUGCUGUGGCCGGGUUUGUGACGUUCUGUGCUCUCUGUUUCUAUUCGAAAUCUACUCAGGACGUAGCUAUCCACCCGCUUGACAUUACUGCCUUGUAUGAAGAUUUUAUCACAUAUUUUUGUGCUCGAGGAUGCGCAGCCACCAUUGUUCAAUUCGGACUUUUUUUCUCCUUUUUAACAAUGCCGAAUAAGGCGGUCUGGAUGCCCUUCUAUCUCGUUGCAAGUAAAUUGUUUAUUAACAGUCUGUUGACACUGCUCAACUCUCGUGAAGUGCACCACGUCCAUGGGAAAAUAGCCCUCUCGUCACGCAAGACGGAUUCAACAUCCCAAUCUACCAGCAUUCCUCGAAGUAAUCGCUAUGAUGUUGUGGAUACCAAGCUUGAGGUCUCGCAUACAAAUGAGCGUGAUAAUGAUGAUCCUACUGGAAGCAAGGCUCCCCCUCUCGCUGAUGACGAUGCAGCGGUUAAGAUACCCUCCUCCUGGCAUUUCUCUGAUUGA